UAUUCUCCAAAAACAGAGUAGCUCGCUAACCAGUACAUUUAUAAAUGGUUAGAUAUGUUUCUAGUAUUGCACUUUUGCAAGGCAAUUGUUGUUGAAUUCGCAAUGCCUUUAAACGACUUGUACAGCUCUGGAUAGCAAGCUAACAGUUAGCUACGGUAGGAUCUGUCAGACGUUAAUGAUAACAGCUAACUGGCCGCGCUGAGUUUUAUUCCAAGACUAGAGUCAAGAUUGGCCUGGAAUCUCGCCGGCUAGUUUAUCGCUGGUUGGCCAACAAAUUCUGGAGUGUUAGGAGGGAGCAGCCAGCAGAUUUGGAUGAGCAGAAUGUCCCAGUUUUCCUCUGAGGAUGAGGCAGAACUUCAGGCCCUGCUGAGGAGGUUACUCAGGUGCGUCCAGGACAGAAUCUCUGGGGCCCCUUCGGUUGAGUGCGCUGAAGAAAUCCUCUUACACCUGGAGGAGACUGACAAGAACUUUCACAACUAUGAGUUCGUCAAGUACCUGCGGCAGUAUGUGGAGAGUUCCCUUGGGGCGGUCAUUGAUGAGGAGACAGAGAGCUGUGCUCGGGGUGACGGCCAUGCCAUCGGCUCCGGUCAAGAUACCUUGGUCCACGCUGUCACGAGAAGGACACGGGAAUCUGGCCAGUACAGAGCAAUGAUGCAAACACUGAAGAAUACCAUGAUGGUGGUGGUGGAAUCGCUGAUCAAUAAAUUUGAGGAGGAUCAGCUGAAGAAGGAGGAGCUGCAGAGGAGGAGCCAGCAUGAGCAGUCGAGCAGCCACUACACCGACAACUGCUCCGACAGCGACUCCUCCUUCAACCAGAGCUACGCAUUCAUCAAACACGAGCAGCUACAGGUUAUCGCUGAAAAACUUGACCCUAGCCGCCCGAAAGAGGUGCGAUGGGAGGCCCUGCAGUCGCUGUGCUGCGCCCCGCCCUCUGACGUCCUUAGCUGCGAGAGCUGGAGUAGUCUCCGCAGAAACCUGUCCGCAGCCCUGGCAGACCCGGACCCCAACCUGAGCGACAAGGUCCUGAGGUUUUUUGCAAAAACCUUUUCCUCGUCUCCGCUGAACGUAACGAGAGAAAUUUACACCAGCCUAGCCAAAAGUUUGGAGUCUGACUUCCUUCUCCAGAAAUGGACCUUUCCUGUGGGCUCUGCUGGGGUUGAUGUAAUGACAGAGGAAAUGACCCGCCUUUUAAAACAGAUGCGAUUACUGAAUGAUUUCCAAAAGGAAGUGACAUCAUUCUGGAUUCGCCACCCAGAAAAGUACAUGGAGGAGAUCAUAGAGAGCACUCUGUCUCUCCUCUCUGUGCACUCUGAGCCCAGUCUGGGGACCCCAGCAUCCCAGAAGCCCCUGGAGCCUGUCCACCUGAUCGUAAUGCUGGAUGUCAAAGCCACGUGGUUCAAAAAGUGGAUGCAUGGCUACUACAGCAGAACUGUAGUUCUGAGGCUUCUGGAAAUGAAGUACAAGUCUCUGAUUGCUGCCGCGGUUCAACAGUGCGCUUUCUACUUUGAGUCCCGAGACCGAGCUCAAGAUGAGGUGUCGGACGUCACGCACGCGGUGGAACACCAGCAGAUCGGUGGUGCUCAGAGGACGGUGUACACUGCUAAGGAGCUGGAGUACAUGUAUUUCGUCCACUCCCUCUGCAUGCUGGGAAGGCUUCUCAUGUACACCAAUGGAAGGAAGCUUUUCCCCAUCAGAGUGAAGAAAAGGAAAGAUCCAGUGACUCUCACAGAUUUGAUCGGGAUCCUGAUCCGGACACUCUACCAACACCCGAAACCGGCCCACGGGGAUGUCUCGCACACAGAUCCGCUGUCGCCCACCAGCCUCGUGAUGGAGGUGCUGAGAACGCUUUGCGACCGCACGGAGUGCGCGGUCGAGUGCUUGUACCAAACCUCCGUGAUCGAGACCCUCUUGUGUCCCAUUGUGGCCUUGCUGAAGGGAAAGCAGGCUAAAUUAAGCUCCCCAGAAACCACGCUGACCCACAUAGCAGACAUCCUGGCAAGAAUCGCCACCACCGAACGGGGACUGUCCCUUUUUCUGUAUGACAGGAACCUAGUUUCCGUUGAGGGGCAAAGUAUCUCAGCUGCUCACGUGAUAGUCCAGUUUACCCAGAAGCUCCUGGCCAAAGAGCUGGUGGUCCUGAGCGAGUCGGACACGUGCCCCAGUGUGAGCGGAGCCUUCAUCUUCGUCUGCAGACAGAUGUACAACACCUGCGAGGGGCUCCAGGAGCUGAGACCUUACAGCCUGCACGAGUGCAUAGCAGGGGCCUGGAGACAGACGAGUUCCCUGUCAGAAAGAGUUCCUACCCCGGUCCCCGGAGCCGCCCCAGGCUUGCUGUCUCAAGAGCGGCAGAAUGUCCUGGUCUGGGAGGAGGCGCUCCUGGACAACCUGCUGAACUUCGCCGCCACUCCGAAAGGCCUGCUCCUCCUGCAGCAGACGGGAGCCAUCAGCGAGUGCGUCACCUACAUGUUCACCAGGUUCACCAAGAAACUGCAGGUCAGCAGGUGUGAGAAGUUUGGAUACGGGGUGAUGGUCACCCAGGUGGCCGCGACCGCACCCGGGAGCGUGGCUCUGCAUAGCUCAGGUUUCGUCCAGGCCAUAGUGGUUGAGUUGUGGUCGGCUCUGGAGUGUGGCAGAGAGGACGUGAGAGUGGUCCAUCCUAAAUCCACCCCCAUGGACCCCAUCGACAGGAGCUGUCAGAAGUCCUUCCUGGCCCUGGUCAAUCUGCUUUCCUCCUCCCACGCCGUAUGGGAGCUCCUGGGGCAGCAGACUCUGCCCAACAAAGCCCAGUACCCCCUGAGGGAGAUGCCCACCUCCAUCACUGAUUUGAUGGACAGGCUGGUUGUCGUCAAUUCGGAUGCGAAGAUCCACUCGCUGUUCAACUAUGAGCAGUCCCACACCUUCGGCUUGAGGCUGUUGAGCGUGACCUGCUGUAACUUGGAUUCUCUCCUGCUGCUGGAGUCGCAGUAUAAGAUCUCUGAAAUACUGCUGCAAAGCCAGAGGGAGAAUAUCACUGACCCUUCAACAGGCCCGGGUGACUUCAUCAUCGACGGGCUGUCGGUGGAGAGGAACCACGUCCUGGUGCGCGUCAGUACCGUGGGGGGGCCGUCGGAGCGGAGGCUGCCCCCGCGAGGUCUGCAGAAGGGCGCUGACCCGUAUCCUUGGCCGAUGUUUUCGUCAUACCCGCUGCCCAGGCAUUACGUCGUCGAUGCCCCCAGGUCAUCUCGUGGUAAACAGGAUUCGGAGAUGAGCGCCUUUUUGGCUGGCCCCCCGAGGGACGCCGAGAAGGAGGGGGACUGGAUGAACAGCUGCAGGAGGCAGUACCGCAGAGCCAUGACCAGCAAGGCCAACGUCCUCUCAGGCAGUGUGCUGGCUGACUUACUGGAGAAGACCGUCUCGCAUCUGGCCGCCACUACAACCGACUGCUUCUUCCCAGCCGCGGAAUACAAAGCAGCGGAUAGCGGCAACCGGACACACAGCCUGUCACCUGUGGAGCAGCUGGGGGUGCAGAUGGCCGUCAGGUACGGGAAAGUCUUGCGGCUUCUGAAAGAGGAUUCGGAGCAGGAUCUCUGCCUCCUAAUGAAACACUGCAAACAGUUCCUCUCCCAGCAGCAAGCCAAAAUCACAUCACAGCUCUACAUCCUGCAGGGGGUCUUCCCGGGCCACGACUGGUUCGCCUCCACCGUGUUCCUGCUGAUGUCAGGAGAUGGGGAGAGGGCGCUGGCAUUCCUGCUGCGCUUCUCCCGACUCCUGGCCUCUGCCUUCCUGUGGCCACCCCGCCUGCACCGCUCGGCCCACCUCCCCAGGGAGAUGGCCCGGUCCGGGAUCCACCCCAUGUACUCCUGCACGGCCCAUUAUGUGGAGAUGCUGCUGAAGGCUGAGGUGCCGCUCGUCUCCUCCGCCUUCCGGAUGUCCGGCUUCACCCCCUCCCAGAUCUGUCUCCAGUGGCUGGGACAGUGCUUCUGGAACUACCUGGACUGGCCUGAGAUCUGCCACUACGUGACCCUCUGCGUGGUCAUGGGACCCGAUUACCAGGUGUACCUGUGCAUCGCGCUGCUCAAGCACCUGCAGCAGGACGUGCUGCAACACACACAGACCCAGGACCUGCAGGUCUUCCUCAAGGAGGAGCCUGUGCAGGGCUUCAGAGUGAGUAAUUACCUGGAAUACAUGGAGGGAUUGGAGCAGCGAUACAGAGCGCUGGUGCUCGCAGACAUGAAGAACAUCACACUGGAGAUCACGUAGCUCUCACUCCACGCCUCUUAUCUCGUCCUUCUGCGAGACAGGCGGCGUAUGGUAAUAACAUGGCCUGCCUCUGUAGACAUUGUGUAGAUGCAGCGCAUUAUCUACACCCACACAACACGCACAUACGUACAGACACACAAACACAUAAACACGCUCACACACACACACACAAACACAAGCACACAGACACACAAACACAUAAGCACAUAAACACACUCGCGCACACACACACACACACACACAAACACAUACACACAGACACACAAACACAUAAGCACAUAAACACGCUCACACAUGCAGGUACAGGCAUACACACACACACACACACAUACACACACAUACAAAAACAAGCACACAAACAUAAACACAUAAACACGCUCACACAUACACACACACUUAAACACACAUACAUGCAUGCACGCACACAAACACACUGACAUACUGUACAGAAAUACACAUACACCAUGCGCACACACACACGUGGAAUUAAUAUGCAUCUAUAUGUAUGUAUGUAUGCAUGGGCCUAUAAGUCAUAUUUUACAAGAGGGAUUUGUUUAAUAACAUGGAAUUAGAGUGUUGUCAGAGCAAUGUACCAAUGUCAUUGUCCUUCAUUAUUGAUGUAGAGUAUUUUAUAAAGGAUCAGGUCACUUUGUUCUAUGGCACUUGUAAAUAAUGAUAUUUAAACCAUGGACCAAAGCUCAUUUCCACAUUGGAGAAUAAAUAUUUUUGUGCUCAGAUUCGCUAA